AUGGGGCUGAAACGGGUAGCGCCGGGCGCUCUGCCGCGCUCGCUGAAGGCAGAAGAGGAGGAGGAAAAUCCGUGGCUAACAGCUAACUCACGAGCGGAAGAUAAGGAGGAAGAGAACGAAAUCCGCGAGGAGGAAGAAGAGGAAGAGGACGAAGAAGAGGAGGAUGAAGAGGAAGAGGACGAAGAAGAGGAGGAUGAAGAGGAAGAGGACGAAGAAGAGGAGGAUGAUGAGGAAGAGGACGAAGAAGAGGAGGAUGAAGAGGAAGUGAAUGGUUUGAGAGCGAGAUUGGAGAAGCAAAAGGGAAAAGAAGGAGUGCUGUUGUCGACAGACAAAAAGAAAUCUCGCGACAAAACUGCCCGUGAUGCCCUCUCCAUCUGCCGCCUCAUGAAGGACCUAGUUUCUGACAAAUGGGAUUCCUUUAAAGAAGCGGGAGACGAAGAAGAGGAAGAAGAUGAAGAAGAAGAGGACGAAGAAGAAGAGGAAGAAGAAGAAGAGGAAGAAGAAGAAGAGGAAGAAGAAGAAACAGCGUCUUCAAAGUCAGAGUUGCUCAAGUCCCUGCAGCGCAUGCAGAGGACGGAAGAGGAAGAGGUUGAUCCGUUCGAAGGCGUCUCUGAGCACGCGCUUUCUCUGUUGAAGAACGAGGUUGGAAAACGGAAAUCUGCAACGAUCUCUCAGUCGGACUCGGGAGAAGAUGAGAGCGGAGACGACAGCCGAAGCGGCGCACCUCCGGAUGGAGACAGUGCACAUUCUCUCUCCUUUUCCUCGCUUCUCAAUUCGCUCUCGGCAACACCGAGCCGCAGUGGUUUGCGCAAACAGCUGGAGUCUCUCGCGCGGCCGCGCGUCGCCCCUGCGGCGUCUUCCGCGUCUGCGCUCGAGCGCGAGGCGCCUGUCGACGAAGACGUCGUUCAAGAGCCUCUCGGCCCUUCGCAGCAAAAACUUUUGCUGCGCACUGCGGCGUACGAACAGGCGAAAGAAAGUGCGAAGAAGUGGUCGCGCGUCGUGCAGCGAAACCAGCAAGCAGUCCAGCUCCAGUUGGGAGUGUCGACAGCGCACAGAGGCGGCGAGGAACCGACGGAGGUGCGGUCGCUGUCCCACGCCCUUUCCGACUUCAAGGCGCAAGACGCCUUCGAAGACGCACUCCUCGCGGCCGUGAACGCGGACGGCGUCUCGGAUCAAAAACUCAAGGAAAGCGGCGGUCUCGGACCCGCCGAUGCGAUCAAGCGGCAAGCGGAGCAGCGGCAAGUGGCGAGGCUGAAGUUUCUCCUCUUCAGUGAGCAGAAGCGGGCGCGGCGUCUGAAGCGCAUCAAGAGCAAAAUCUCUCGGAAAAAACGGAAACAAGCAGAGCGCCGCGAAGAAGAGAAGAUCAUGGAGAAGCUAGAAGCGGGCAACCCCGUCCUGGCCGAGGAACUCCGGAAGAAAUACGAAGAAAAACGCGCAAAGAUGCGCCUGCUGCGUCAACAGAACGCUCGCGCCAAAUGGGCAGCGCUCGCCACGCGUUUCGGAGGCAGAGACAUUCAGCAAGAAAUCAGCCGGCAAAAACAGCGCGAGGUGGAUGAGAGGCGCACGGUGGAGCGUCUAGCCAAGCGUCGCCCAGGAUCGUCCGACGCCUCAGGCUCUGAGGGAUCGACGUCUUCCUCGGAAGAAGAUGCGAGCGACGAGGAACCGUCGGCCGGCGAGAAGGCGCGUCUGUUGCGGCGACUGACGCGCGAGGCUGCGGAUUUGCAGGAGGCACUGCCCACGAAAGGUUUGCUGGCGCUCCCCUUCAUGCGGCGGGGCUUAGAGAGGAGGCGAGAACGGAAUCGGCGGGAAAUCGACAGGAUGCGCAGGGGCGGGGACAGCGACGCGGAGGCGAGCGACGCCUCCGGCACGCGCGAGACGCGAGGCGAAGACGCGAGCGAUUUGGAAAGCACCGUCGACGAGACGGAGGAACGCGAGGCACGUGAAGCCGAGGAACCUGCGGCGGAGAAAGCGGACGCGGUGGCGAAGCACGAGGCUCGGAAAACGCUGGACCCGCGGGCCGUGGAGGCCGCGGAGCAUGCGCUGGCGGGACGGUUCCAGUUUUUUGAGCUGCGCGAGGAGGGCGGCGCGGCGAAGGCGACACAGGCGCCAGAAAUUCCAAAGGUCCCAACGGCGAAAGCGGAAACUGGCAAGGACACGGCGACGAGCGCAGGGGCGAAGCCGUUUGCGUCCGCGGCGGCCGCGCGGGCCUUCUUCGCGGCGGAGCUCAAGAAGGACGAGGCGAAGCUCGCAGAAGUUGACGCCCAGCGCAGCCGCGAAAUCCACGAGAACGCGUGGGCGGCGCGCGCGGAGCGCAUGCAGGAGCGGCAGAGAGAACGACAGGACUUGGAGAAGAACGUCCAAGAGGCGAAUCCAUGGCUUCACCCCCAGAAAAAGAGAAAAGUCGACAAAGCUGGACACACCGACGCCUCAGCCCAGGAGCUAGCGACACUCCUGAACGCGUCUUCUGAGUCAGAGACGGAGGACGUCUCUGCUCGGCGGGGGUCGACUAUGCGCGGCAGAAACGCGUCGAGAGAAGCCCAGCGCGAGCUGAUUCAGCAGGCCUUCGUCUGCGAUGAAGACGCUGAAGAGGAAUUCCACGAACAGCUGCGCGAAGAAGAAGAAAAGGUAGAGGAAGACGGCGAUUUUCUCCCCGGUUGGGGCUCCUGGCAUGGCCACGGCGUGCGGCCCCGCAAGCGUCCGGAGGCUGCGCAGGCGCAGAAAACUUCGCAAAUGGAAAAGAAAAAGAAAUCGACGGUGUACAUCAACAACGCGCUCGACCGCAAAGCGGCCAAGUAUUUCGUCCCCGAGCUACCGCGACCGUACACGGCGAAGGACCAGUACGAGUCGACUUUGCAUCGACCCACAGGGCCAGAAUGGAACACGUCGGCGGUCUUCAACCGGCUCAUCGCCCCGAAAAUCAACGUCAGAGUUGGAGCGGUCCUCCCGCCUCUGCAAGUGGCUCGGAGACACUUGGACCCGGCGCAGAGAGACGCUCUCUUAGAGGCGUGGGACACCAAAGCAGGCCGAAAGCAGAGAACGAAAACGCGACUCUAG